AUGGCUAGAAGAAGAAGUAAAAGUAUUAAUUUAUCAUUCAAUUUUGAUGAUAGUGAUAAAAAAGGAAAAUGUUCAAAUUUUAUUAAAAAUAAUAAACUUUCACAAAUUAUUUAUGAAAAGGAGAAACCUUUAAUUAAAUUGGUCCCACCAUUUUCAAUUCAAUCAACACAAAAAAAUACAGAAGUAUUAACAUUACCCUGUAAAUUUACAAAAAAUGUAUUUUAUAAAAAUAAUAAUAUUGAUGAUAUUACAAAAAAUAUGAUUAAUCGUUUUAAAAAAGCUUAUCUAGAUCGUCAAUUACCAUUACAAAUAGUAGAUGGUGUUGGAAAGAAAACAAUUUCAUGGAAUAUUUCUUUAGAAGAUACAAAUAUUUCAACUAUUAAAAACUUAUUUCAAGUUGUAGCAUCAGGUUUACCAUCAACAGAAUCACCAUAUGAAACUAUUGCAUUGGAGGCAUUUGAUUCAUUAUUAUUAUUACCAACCUCUGAACAUUGUCUAUAUCAAGUUUUAACAGACAUUGUUUUAGCAAUUAGAAAAGCUUUAGAUUAUGGUAAUGAUGAGAAAAAAAUAAAAAUUUUAAAUAUCAUUAUUAAAAUGACAAAAAUGAAACAUAUUGGUAUAUGUCUGGUGCCGUACUAUAAACAAUUAUUAGGACCAUUAAGACAACCUUAUUCUAAAAUAUUUUUAUCAAAUGAAAGAAUAAAAAGAAAAAAUGAUUUGAACUACCAUUUGAGUCAUUAUAUUCAUAAAACAUUAGUUGCAUUAGAAGAAAGUGGUGGUAGAAACGCAUUAGUAAACAUUUGUUAUGUUAUACCACAUUACCAAUCCGUUUUUCAGUAUUAA